AGGAGGAGGAGGAAUGGGGGAGGACAGAUAGAGUGUGUAUGUGUGGUGGGAGGAGGAAGAAGAAGAAGAAGAAAAAAAAAAAGAAAAAAAAAAAAGUCAGUGUGAAAGAGGGAGUGGGAAGCUGACUAAAUUACUGCGAGUCGGUGGCGACCUUUUUGGAGAAGAACUGGCUGUUAGAAAAAGAAAAUGUUCGAAUGCGCGCCGACUCGCGUGACCGAGCGCGACACUAAACCCGGAGCUGGUGCGGUGUGUGUUCCUCUGUCGACGGGACGCUAUUGAUCCGGACGGGAAACUCGACACAUACACUUUUUUUGUGGACCUUCUUCACUCUCCAAAAGUCUUGUGUGUGCGGCCGCUUCCUGCUCAGAGAGACUUAAGCGACACCGAGCCCGAGGGAAGCUGCACAUUUUACUGAAACUUUAGUUUCUUUCUCGUUGUUUUGUGACUCGUGACUGAUUCCGACUCUCGCCCUCUGCCGAACGGGACUGAAACAAAACAACAUGAAAACUCCCGGUGAAACGGGGUUCGCCUUUCCAGAAUGGGCGUACAAGCCCGAGUCGAGCCCGGGCUCCAGACAGAUCCAGCUGUGGCACUUUAUCCUGGAGCUGCUCAGGAAAGAAGAGUACCACGAUGUCAUCGCAUGGCAGGGGGACUACGGCGAGUUCGUCAUCAAAGACCCCGACGAGGUGGCCAGACUGUGGGGGGCGCGCAAGUGCAAGCCUCAGAUGAACUACGACAAACUCAGUCGAGCUCUCAGGUAUUAUUACAACAAACGGAUCUUGCACAAAACUAAAGGCAAGCGCUUUACCUACAAGUUCAACUUCAACAAGCUGGUCCUCGUCAACUACCCCUUCAUAGACAUGGGGUCUACAGGUGUCGGCGUUCCUCAGAGCGCUCCUCCCGUGCCUACAGGCGGAGUGUCUCAUUUCCGCUUCCCCCCAUCCACCCCAUCAGAGGUUCUCUCCCCCAGCAGCGAGGAGUUAAGAAGCCCGGGUUCUUUCAGCAGCAUGGCACGGCGCCUGGCUCGAGGCUCCGUGUCUGACUGCAGCGAUGGCACCUCAGCCAACUCGGAGAUUGACGAGGGCAGCCUCGGUGUUGGAACGGCUGAAGAGCGGGUGCCAGAAAGAGGCUUCAGGAGCGCCGUGCCGCCUCGCCUGACCCACGAUGCUCUGUACCGGAUGUACGGAAACCACGGGGGUCACAGGGGUCAUCGUGCUCACCCAGAGCCCCUCUCACCCUUCGGUCCUGCAGGCUCGGGUCUGUUGGCUCCACCACCGCUCUCUCCUGCCCUGCCUGUGACAGCGGGCACGCACCUUCCCUACACACCCUCACCCACGCUGUCACCAAUGCCCGGCUCUAUAUUCUCAUUCAGCGCUGAGGAUAUGCAGCGCUACCUGCAGGCACACACGCAGAGCGUCUAUAACUACCACCUGAGCCCGCGUGCCCUCUUCCACUACCCUAACGUGGUUGUGCCCCAGCCGCAGCGACCUGACAAGCCUCUGCCUACUACCACCGAGCGUCCAUCCGUACUCGCCCACUCGUACCCGCUGGCCCCUGCUGACGACACCCAUCACACCCCCUUUAAGUUUAAGCUGCAGCCUCCACCACCAGGCAGAAAGCAGCAGCGUGAGGCACAGGGACACCAGGGCUCCCUCGGCUCUUCUUCAUCGUCCGCCCUCGGCUCUUCCCUCUCUUUCGGCAGCGACCUGAGCUCGGGCAUCGUCUCCAACUCUUCGUCAAGCGGCUCGCUCAACAGCACAGGCCUACCUAAGAUCAAGGUGGAGCCCAUCUCUGACAUUGAAUCUGAGGAGGAGGUUGAAGUCACUGACAUUAGCGACGAAGAGGGAGACGAGCGAGAUGAAGAGUUCUUCUCUGCACACCGUCGCAACCACCAUCAUCAUCAACAUCAUCACCACCACAUUUUUGGGCACCAAUCGAACGGCAUUUCUGCUCCUCCUCAAUACGACGACUCCGAGGAAGAUGUGUUUAAAGCCCCGGCUCCUCCACCACUCUUUGGUCCACCUUCCUCAUCAUCAUCUCGUGCUGGCAUGCCCGUGAUAAAGAGCGAGCCGGACACGCCCACAACACCCAGUGGCCAUGGCCACGCCCCUUUGCCCUCUCCCUCUCAGUGCAUCCCACUAAAACUGCGCUUCAAGCGGCGCUGGGACCAGGAGCAGCACACCGAGGAGGCCGAGGAUAAAAAAGUCCGGGGGGACAAAAAGAACGGAGAGGGCAGUGGAGUCGAGAUGGAGGAAAGCGAGAGCUCCGCCCCUCACAAAUUGAGCGCCGAACUGCACCGCGCUGCUGCCCAGCUGUCUCUGGAAAACAAAGACUGCUGAUACAAGUGAGGUCCUGAACAUUACACACAGGCUUGCAGAACAAGCAUCGAUACCUAUGAUGCUCCAGAACUGUGACCGCUGCCGCUCACGCACUCGCGGACGGACACGGCUCUUUUGUUUUGUUUUUUUUUGUUUUGUUUUUUUUUAAGAGAUCCACGAUACUGACAGACGAAUGCACACAGGCACCAGCACUCAAUGACGGCAGCCCAAAAACGUGGCCCCUCCCCCUCUUCACUUCCCUUUACUUCACUUCACAAACAUGUGUGUUUUCAAUUCAGAGCUCACCAAUGGAAACUUUUUGAAGGUAAUCGAAGGUAAUAAGGGAAAAAGUAACACACGUGCGCACACACACCACUGACCCUCAGGAGACUUUGACAAUUGGCACUGGAGGACAUUUUUUAUUAUUAUUUUUAUUCAGUGAAGUGCCUGCAAACGACUCCCACAGACAGCAAAGAGAAACAAAGGCAGAACAAAUCUUGGACUGAAGUGAUCAGCAUGAUCAGCAUAAACACACAGGCAGAUCUGCCAUCAUUAGCUUUGGGUGGAGUGUUUGUCUGCUCCUCCUCAUUCUCAGAGAGGCACUGUUGUAAAUGCUCUGUGAGCUGUGCUGUACACAUAACCAGCCUGGCCAAGUUGCUCAGGGACCCUAUUUCACACACAUACACACACACACACACACAGCUUAUAAAUCCACCUGUCGCUUGUGUGAAGCCUACACUGGACUGCAUUUCCCUAAAGCUCCUCAAUAUCGAUAUGUGAUGUAAUAUAUGAGAGUUCUCUACACCUGUUAGAACAUCUGUAAACUUUAAUGGUGGACAUUUGCUGGGUUUUUUUGGUGACCAUUUUGGGAAAGCAAGCUCAGAGUGCGCGUGAGUGCGCGUGUGUGUGCGUGCGCGUGUGUGUGCGUGCGCGUGUGUGUGCGUGCGCGUGUGUGUGCGUGCGCGUGUGUGUGCGUGCGCGUGUGUGUGCGUGCGCGUGUGUGUGCGUGCGCGUGUGUGUGCGUGCGCGUGUGUGUGCGUGCGCGUGUGUGUGCGUGCGCGUGUGUGUGCGUGCGCGCGUGUGUGUGUGUGUGUGAUGUUUCUGAGUGUUCUCAGGAUCUCUCUUCUCUUUAUAUAAACCAGCUCACCUCAGCUCUCUCUCUCUCUCUCCCGCUUUAUUUCUUUUUUUUUUUUUGGCUCAUUCUGGGACCAGAAAACGCAGUUGUAUUCCAUUCUUUCUUUUCCUGUGUGGAUGAAAGGAUUCGUGUUUUACAGCUCUGAAGUUUGCAGUUCCGUUCUGGCUAAAUGAAGCCUCAGGAUCAUAGCCGAGUGAAGUGAAGGUGGAGAUUUUUUUUUUAAACACAUUCUUGUCCAACCUAGUCACUCGUUCUUAGUUCUUUAGCGCUCGCUGUGUGAGUGAUCAGCAUGUCAUUCGGUGCAGAAGAGGGGCCGGAGGGCUUCGCUUUUACAUUGUGUAAGUGUAGGGUGUCCUGUGUGAGCAAUUUUUUUUUUGUUUGUUUGUUGUUGUUUUGUUUGUUUGCUUUUUUAUUUAUUUAUUUUAUUUUUUACCUGUGUGGGAAUUAGUUCCUCUCAAGUAAUCCUACAGAACCUCCUAGGGAAUUGUGGGAAGUGUAGUUUUAAGCGUCUUCACAGCGUAAGAGGCUCCUGAUUCAUCCUUCAUCUUUUCCCUACACACUAACUGACAGCAUAACAGGCCAGAAUUUUUUUUACACUGCCUUCUAGCACACGUCAAGAUGAAAACAUGAAAGCUCAAACUAUACUGUUUUAUAUCUAAAGCUGUUAUGUAAUUGUAUGUAUAUUGCAAGCUGCAGCCGUGGAACCAUAGCAUUAAUGAUAUAAUUAUCCAUGGUUUUGAAAGAGGGUUUUUUUUUUGUUUUUUUUUUUUUAAGGCCUGGAUGUCCUAUAAAGGCAUUUUAAGGGUGGUAUUUUAUUUGGGGUCAUUUUUAUACAUGUAUGUGUGUGUAUGAUUUUAAAAAAAAAAAAAAAAAAAAAAAGCGCAAGACAAAAUCACACCAAGCAUUCUAUUGAAGCAGAGCUCUGAACCUUACCUGAUGCAAGUGCCGCCAUUCUGUUCUGUUCUCUGUGUGCGUGCGUGUGUGUGUGUGUGUGUGUGUGCCUUGUCUGUACAUCUCCUGGGUAACCAUCAGUCCAGAGUUCAGCAUAGUGGACCUCCUGAAGGUCUGUGAACGUUAGCCCACAGCUGUGAGGACACUUGAGCACAGUACUGGACAAGAGACUGUGUGAGAUGGCCAAUCAGGACUCUGUGAGGGCGGAGUCUGCAUCCCGCCAUCAGGAAGACACACAGAUCCUUUGGGCAUGUCGUUUAGACUGUACAGUAUUUAACUUUCAACAGAACUGGCAAGUUCGAUAGCUACGCUUCUGAUGUCCCCCAUCAUCCUCUUCACGUGACUGAUAGUUGCCUUAUUCUUUAUUUCACCGUUAAAACUGUCCCCUUGGCCGUUAUCCUGCCCUGGAGCCCCGCCUUCUUUUCCUGACCUAUUGAAUGAUUUGUUAGGUCUUUGGACCGUCUGCGCUGAGAAAGACGUUGCUUCGUGUGAGGGACAUGGCGCAGACUACAUCUUUUACACAGGUUCAUUUCUCUUUCAACUUCGUUUUUUUUUUUUUUUUUUCCCCAUACUAUGUCGAAUUUGCUGUUCAUGAUUAUCUUUAUUGACAUUUUUAUUUUCCUCACGUAGUCAUAAGUUUGGGUUCGUCUACUCGAGAGCAGAAUCUCUUGCCGUUAACCCAACCAUGUGUUAUACAUAUAACAGUUGAACCUUUUGAAAGUUGUAAAAUAACUAAAAGCUGUAAUUAUAUUUCAGGCUGUUAUAAUGGAGACAGAUGAUAGUGUAUGGCGUUAGAGGGGAGACGUAUGAUUUUUAACUCUGGUCAUGUUAUGUAAUUUGUUAUUUUGUAACGUUACUCUUCUGUUGAUCUUGCGUGUUUCUUUUUCAUUUGUGGGAUUACAUAAUUUGAAAAGAAACUGUAUUGCUUUAUUGUGUAAUGGUCUUCUCUCUCUCUCUCUCUCUCUCUCUCUCUCUUUUUCUCUCUUUACCUUCCUUCUCUCUUUAUUUCUGUGGUAUCACAGCUUUUAAUGACAGGUUGAGUUUUAAUAACAAAGUGUAACAUCUUAAUUCUCCUUACGUUUGUUGAUUUCUGAUGUUUUUAAAUGUAAUCAGGGUUAAUUAAACUGGUUAAUACCACCUGAGGAA